AUGUGGACCUCUAGUAAGACACUUUGGCCUGAUCAGCACGGCGAGCACCGCCUGCUAGCCCUCAUCAAUGCGUCAGCACACGAGCAGAGCAUGGAUUGCUGCAGGGGGAAGUGGAAGGAAACACCAGCUGGAAGAAGAAUAAUGGAAAAUUGUACAAAUACCUCCGCUUGCACAGGAAUUCCCUACAAAGAGAGCAAGAUACUUCUGACUGCUGUUUACAUCAUCGUUUUUGCCAUAGGCUUUCCAGCAAAUUGCUUAACUUCCCUGCUUACGUUUUUACAAAUCCAAAGGCAUAAAGUAAUUGCCAUCUACAUUUUCAGUUUAUCAUUGUGUGAGCUGAUGUAUUUAAGUACCUUGCCUCUCUGGAUUACCUAUGUGCAAAAUGAUCACCACUGGAAUAUGGGUGUACUGGCUUGCAGAAUAACAGGAUUCAUCUUUUUCUGCAACAUAUACAUCAGCAUUCUGCUUUUGUGCUGCAUUUCUGUGGAUCGUUAUGUGGCGCUGGUGUAUGCUCUGGAGUCAAGGGGGAAAAGAGGACAGAAAAACGCAAUCAGAAUAGUGUGUUUUCUCUUUGCUGUGGUUGCGAUAAUCCACACUCCAGUAUUUUACAUGGAAGGUGAUAAAAAUCCUAACAAAGAAGACACAAAUAUAACUAACAUGACCUGCUUUGAGACUUUGCCCCUUACCAUACAAUUGGCUUCUUUCAGCUUUGCCAGAUUCCUGUUUGGAUUUGCCAUACCUUUCACAAUCCUCAUUUUCACAAACUACAAAAUUUUCCAAAGUACAAAAACAAGCACCAGCUUGACUUAUCACCAGAAAGCCAAAGUGAAGUAUCUGGCUAUCGCCAUUAUUGUCAUUUUCCUGAUCUGCUUUUCUCCCUACCAUGUGGUACUCCUAAUAAGAUCUAUAUACUUUAUGUUUCACCAAAAUUGCCCAUGUCCAUUUGAAAAAGAUAUAUAUUCGGUUUUUACAGUGUUUUUGUGUUUAGCCACUGCAAACAGCGUUGCUGAUCCAAUCAUCUAUGUGCUGGUUAGCGAAAACGUCAGAAAAGAUUUUUAUAGGAGUGUCAGAAGAUGGAGAUGGAACUCAUCCAAGCUGAAUUCAUCCAUUAAUCAGAAGACUGACAUCACAGAAUCGAAAAUUCUGUCAAAAGAAUUACAGAAAGGAGGGCUAAGAAAAGAAAACAAAAAAAUACCAGAUUCAUCUGGCAUUCAAAAGAACUGUAAUAGUGGCAAAGACCAAGAAGGUGGUAGCUAG